UCCAUCCACCUGAAAAAAGUCAUCCCAACAAUGGCUGGAAAAUGGCUACCAGUGGCGGAGCUAACAUCAAGUAAAAGACCAAUCCUUACCGGUGACGAAGUAGAAUGCUUCUACCUAUCGAACAUCGACAUCGAACCCGACUACACAACCCACCCAACUCUUUCCCCUUACACUUCCGGCAUCCUCACUCUCACCACUCACCGCCUCAUCUGGAUUUCUUCAUCCUCCGACACCGCUUCAAUCGCCCUCUCUUAUAUCACUCACAUUCACCCCCCUAAAAAAUCCCUUAAAUCUAUGCUUUCUAUUUCCAGUCCAAGGGUUAAAUUUGACCUUUCUCACCCUUCAAUGGGGUCAAUUACGGUGACGCUGGUGAUGAGGGGCAAAUCGGAUAAUCAUGAGUUGUUUUUUGAGAAGUUUUGGGCGGCGUGGAAGGGUAGAGCGUGGGAGAUUUCUGGUGCUGUAGCGGCAGCGGAGGCGGGGGCGGGGGAGGGUAGUAGCGUGGCGAUUCGGGUGCCGGUUGUGGGUGUUGCGGGGAUAUUGAGGAAAGAGCAGGAGAUGUGGGAGAGUACUGAUAAGACUUUGCAGGAUGCUUUUCAGGAUUUGAAUGCUCUAAUGAGUAAAGCGAGGGAGAUGGUAAAGUUGGCCGAGAGGAUGAGGCAAAAGCUUUUGGCAGGGCCAACUAGUCAAUCCAGUAAUGCAAGUGAUGAGGAGAUGAGCUCCAAAGAAGAUGUGCAAGAAUUGUUGCUCAGUGUUGGUAUCAUAUCGCCAGUUACAAAGGAAUCUGCUGGGGCAUUGUAUCAUCAGCAGUUGUCUCGCCAGUUAGCAGACUUUGCCAGGGUUCCAUUGGAGAGAGCUGGAGGAAUGAUUAAUCUCAUUGAUGUUUAUUGCCUUUUCAAUCGUGCUCGUGGUACAGAGUUGAUUUCACCUGAUGAUUUAUUGCAAGCAUGUACUCUUUGGGAGAAGCUUGAUGUUCCUAUAAUGCUGCGGAAGUUUGAUAGCGGUGUUAUGGUCAUUCAAAGCAAGUCCCAAAGUGAUGAUGAGGUUUUUGGUAGAAUCAGAACGCUUGUACUGAAGCCUGAAGCCCUCCGAGCUGGUAUAAGUGCAAGCGAUGCUGCAAUGACUCUUGAGAUAGCUCCAGCUAUGGCCAAGGAGCAUCUUCUUGCUGCUGAAAGUAAAGGUCUGCUUUGCAGGGAUACUAGUCCAGAUGGCUUCAGAUUUUUUGUUAAUCUCUUUCCAGAGAUCAAUUUGGAUGACAUGUACCUGGUGAAUGAAAGUGGGAUUUAUGCUUCCUGGGUUUCUGCUGUCGGGGCAUCAUAGUAAAAUGGCUUAAACAUCAAAAUGUAUGCUUUAGUGCUCUAGAUUCCUGCUAUUGUUGGGUACCUUUUUUUCUUUGCUCUCUGUAACAAAUACUCUUAGCAAAUCUGCAUUGUAUAAAAGGUCAAAGCUCUUUGCAAUCAAGUCUGAAUAACCCGUGUGAUGCAUAACAUCCUCUUUGCAUGGAGCUGUUGAUAACCUGAGAACAGUGUGAAGCGUACAAAGGUUGCGUCUUAUGUAACAUAGAUUCAUUUAUGUAACCUCGUUAAAAGUUGCAGACUUGGGGUUCUGUAAUCUUUUCAUUGUAAUCUAUUUAAUUAGGUUUUUGUUUUGUUCGCCUCGUUUAAUAUCUUCCAAGUGGUCAAGAUUUGUCAACGAUAGUAAUAGUUGUGAAAGUAGAACUAGAAAAUAGAAAGGAAGCAAGUUUAACAAGUACUUGCUAUUGGUUUUUAGGCCCGAGCCUGGGUUAUCGUAUAAAAAACAUUUAUAUCCCUGUGCAUGAA